AUGCUUGAAUACACUAUUGGGCUGGUGAUAAGAUCUCUGUACAUCACUGUCCGUGUAAUGCCGCUAUGGGAGUGCUCUCCAUACGCAGCCCACUUGUACGACGCCGAGGAUCCCUCCACUCCUGUGCGGACGAUCCCAGGUCUUUGCCAAGACUACUGUGUGCAAGUCUGGCAAAAAUGCAGGUCCAUUUUCCGCUAUCUCUCCACGGACAAAGAGUUAAUCGCCCUGGAGCACAACAUGGCCAAAUUCUGCCGCUAUUUGUCCUUGGAAGACGUAGACUACUGCUUUCCUCACCUCCUAGUUAAUGAGAAUCUCAACCAAAACCUGGGAUUCGUGACUGCCAAUGCCGAGGGCUGUCUCCAGCUCUGCCUGGUGGAGGUGGCCAACGGGCUGCGCAACCCUGUUGCGAUGGUGCAUGCAAACGAUGGCACCCACCGCUUCUUCGUUGCCGAGCAGGUUGGCCUGGUGUGGACCUACCUCCCCGAUCUAUCGAGGCUCGAAAAGCCAUUUCUGAAUGUCAGUGAAGCUGUGCUCACCUCACCUUGGGAAGGAGACGAGAGAGGUUUUCUAGGUAUUGUCUUCCAUCCUAAAUUCAAAUUUAAUGGUAAAGUGUAUGUCUACUAUUCAGUUGAAGUUCGUUAUGAAGAGAGAAUCCGAAUCAGUGAGUUCAGAAUUUCUCCUGGUGACAUGAAUACUUUGGACCAUGGUUCUGAAAGGAUAAUCCUGGAAGUGGAAGAACCAGCUUCCAAUCAUAACGGAGGAGAGCUGCUCUUUGGAGAUGAUGGUUAUCUCUAUAUAUUUACUGGAGAUGGAGGCAUGGCUGGAGAUCCUUUUGGGACCUUUGGAAAUGCCCAGAACAAGUCGACAUUGUUGGGCAAAGUGUUGCGGAUCGAUGUGGACAACAACGACCGUGGGCCCCUUUACAGAAUCCCCCGAGACAACCCUUUUGUCGAUGACCCAAAAGCUCGCCCUGAAAUCUAUGCCUACGGAGUGCGAAACAUGUGGCGCUGCUCCUUCGAUCGAGGCGAGCCUCACACAAAGGAAGGGAAAGGCCGUCUUUUCUGCGGCGACGUAGGACAGAAUAAAUAUGAAGAAAUCGACAUUGUAGAGAAAGGAAAAAAUUAUGGCUGGAGGGCAAGGGAAGGAUUCAGCUGUUACGAUAAAAAACUUUGCACCAAUUCUUCAAUAGAUGAUGUGCUUCCAAUUUAUGCUUAUCCACACAAAAUGGGGAAAUCUGUUACAGGAGGCUAUGUCUAUAGGGGUUGUGAGUCUCCAAACCUGAAUGGCCUGUACAUAUUUGGUGAUUUUAUGAGUGGACGCUUGAUGUCUUUGAAAGAGGACCAUGCUACGGGAGAGUGGCAGUACAGUGAGAUCUGCAUGGGGACAGGACAGACCUGCAUGUUCCCUGGGCUUAUCAAUAACUAUUAUCAAUAUAUCAUCUCUUUUGCUGAAGAUGAAGCAGGGGAGCUUUACUUCAUGUCUACUGGAAUACCAAGUGCCACUGCUCCCGCUGGAGUGAUUUACAAAGUGGUGGACACUUCUAGGAGAGCACCACCAGGAAAAUGCCGAGUUGAGCCUUUGCCAGUGAAAGUAAAAAGCAAGCUCAUAAAGUUUGUGCCAAAGGAGAAACUGAUAGUGAAGACGCCCACGCCGCGGCCUCGGCCCAGGGCCCCGACCAGGGCGCCGGGGGGCGGCGCGGAUACAUCUACUCUGAAUAAAGCAUCUGGCACAGUGGGGAGGCCGGAGCUCUCGCGGCCUGGUAACGAUCCAAUCCUGAGUAAUGAAGGGAAUAGCAGAAGUCGUGCUGUCUCCAAAAUGCCUUCGGCCGGGGAGAAGGGUCUGGUGGGGAACUCCUCUUCUCCCGGCGAAGCUUCGGCUCUGACCCUUUGGCGGCUGCGCUGGCGUCCUGCCCGUGAAGGGCUUGGGAAUUUGGUAGCGUUUCCUUCUCGGGGCGGGGGGAAGAGUCUCGUUCGCUGGCGUUAA